UCAGGGACAAUGGGGAUCGAUCUGAACACGGUUGAGGAGGAGGAGGAGGAGGAGGCGGAGCUACCAGCUGCUGUGCAGGUGCCGAGCCAGGCGCAACACCGGCCUUCGCCGGCGACGGCCGGAGCGGAGACGUUGUGCCUGGAGCUGUGGCAUGCCUGCGUGGGGUCGCUCACAUCGCUGCGGAGGAAGGGGAGCGUGGUGGUGUACCUCCCGCAAGGGCAUCUUGAGCACCUGGGGGAUGCCGGCGGCAGUGGUGGCUCUUCCAAUAACUUGCCGCCUCACGUCUUCUGCUGCGUCAUUGACGUCAAGCUCCGGGCUGAUGUAGCUACAGACGAGGUUUAUGCGCAGCUCUCUCUGGUCGCCGAAAGCGAGGCGGUCGAGCGGCAACUACAGGAGGGCGAAGUUGAAGGAGAUGGGGAAGUGGAAGAUGUUGAUGGUCUUCAUAGGUGUUUGAUGCCUCAUAUGUUCUGCAAGACCCUCACCGCCUCUGACACAAGCACUCAUGGAGGAUUCUCUGUGCCUCGCCGAGCUGCUGAGGACUGUUUCCCUCCUCUGGAUUACAUGCAACAGAGACCUUCACCAGAACUUAUUGCGAAAGAUUUGCACGGUGUUGAAUGGAGGUUUCGACAUAUUUACAGAGGUCAACCAUGCAGGCAUCUUCUUACCACAGGAUGGAGUGCAUUUGUCAAUAAAAAGAAGCUUGUCUCAGGGGCUGCAGUGCCUUUUCUUCGUGGCAAUGAUGGGGAGCUCAGAUUGGGAAUCAGGAGAGCAGCUCAACUUAAGAAUGGUACUCCUUUUUCAGCACCUUGUAGCCAGAGCUUGGAUCUAGGCAAACUGGCUGCUGUGGCUAAUGCUGUCUCCACCAAAUGAAUAACUUCUUCUCUUAAAAUACUUGAUAUUCUUCUAGACUUGAGCAACUCUUUCAAUUGAUCGAGUUGAGUACAUGCAUUCAAGGGCCUGGUCGUAAAGCAAAUCAG